ACAAGACCGCUACCCCUUCCUAUUUGUUCCUCACGUCAUAGAUGCCCAGCUGAGAAAGCCAUGAACAAUUAUUCUUAUGAUGCCAAUGAAUGCGUCUAUGAGAAGAACGCAGACGGUUGGGUUUUGCUGUUGACUUUGGAUGUGCUGCAUUUUGAUCCGGAUCUCCCCACAUGAUUUCGGGGUACACAGUUUCCUUACAAGUCAGCAUUGUUCUCCACACCCGUUAAUUAUUGCCGCAGUUUUGGUUGUUACUUGUUUUUUUUUUAUUUUUGCAGUUUCUGACAACAUGUAAUGGAAAAGGUUGUUACACAAGAGCCAGACUGUACAAAAAAUCACAGCAGCUUCUGGCAUCUUCAUUUAAGGCUCUGGGGUUUGUAGCCGUGCAACUUCAGAAUGAGAACAUCCAGGGUUUGACGAAUCGGCACCUCGGUCAAUGUCAGACAUUUGGUGGGAGCGUUGCUUUGUUUCUUUGAUUUGUAAAUUUUUCCUCACACUUUAUGAGAUAAACUAGUCAGCCAUCGCUCCGACGCGCAUUGUGUCGAGUGCCGGUGAUCCGAAGAGGUGGUCGGGGGUGAAUCCUAGAGGUUGACGGGGGUGACUCUUGGUCUGUUUGUGGACGUUGACUGAAUGAUUAAAGGUCUGUCAGUUUCAGGAAAGGAAGACUUGAGGGAUUGAGAAACUCUGGCUGGUGCAUGGUGCUGGAUAGACGGCGUUCGCUCAUUAGAUCACAACGCGACAGUGUGUGAGUGUGUUUGUGCUGCCUUGUCUCCUGUGAGUGCUUAUCAUGGUUAUCUGCCUUUGUCUGCAUAUCUUCCCGCAAACUAUGCCUGCUUUAUAGAUUAUCUGCCUGCCUGUGUGUGUGUGUGUUUGUGAUAUAUGUGGCUGCUUAACUUCAUCGUCACCCUCAGCCUUGCCUGUACCUUUGCAGUCCUUUCACCUCCCUCUAACCUGUAGGCAUUAACCGACGUGGAGGCGGCGGCGGCGGCGGCGGCACAUUGGGGCAUGAGAAGGACUCUCCCCUGGCAUGGGCGCAACCCGGGCCGACAAAACAACCUCCCUCACCUUUCACCCGACAUCAGCAUCGAUAUUCAAGGGCUGACACGGUUGCUGCCUUCUUCCCCUUUAGCAUUAGCAACAGCCGCUAAGGUAACUCGGACUGCGGCAUUGCAAAUGUGUUAAGUGACUGUGUGUAACUUGGCCCGCCGGUCCCUGGGUUGGACCAGCAAAGGAGUAGUGUUACACUCCCUGACAGGCCUUAUACAUGUUUCAUCUGCUGCUCUCAGAACAGAAGCCCCCUUUGUUAUCUAAUCCAGCCCUCUCCUCCCCGGCCAAGAGACUGACUUUACUGCCACAAGACUGCUCUUCACAGUCUGUCAGCCAGCCACUGAGCUGAUACAUAUCAACCAACAGCUGAGGAGCAGCAGAAGGACUCGCUCAGGCCCCAGAUAUCUGCUAUCAGGACUUCCCAGACAGUCUCUCAAACCAUUGGCUGGCACAUGGACAGUGCUUUACAAUAAACAAGAAGAACUGAGGGGGUGGGGGGAGGGGGGUGGCUACGUGAGGUAGACCAAAGAUUGUCACGGAUCUUAGUUUGUGCCUCAGCUGUAUUCUUUAGCCAAUCGCCCUUCAAGCUGCCGAAUUGCAAAUUCCGCAAUUCUUGUAACCAAGGAUAUUUUUCUUUAAAGGCAGUUCAUCUGGGGUUGUAUUUGAAUUUUAGUCAGCUUGUGAGGACCAUGAGUGACACCCUAAGACCUCCUUCACUCCAGGUGAGCGUCCCAAACGAUGCUCCGGCAUACUCCGACGGAGGAGGCAACGUCGUUUCAGACGGCGCCGUGCAUUCCAGCUCCUCGACCCCGACUCUGCGGCGCAAGCGCUUCAAGAUGCGCCGCAUGAGGAACGUGCCCAGCGAGCGGGAGCUGGAAAAGGGGCGACUGAACGGCGGCCACCUCGCGGCCCGAUCUCACUCCAGCUCCAAGGAGUACCUCCAGCUGCCCUCCAUCGAGAUCACGCCGUCCAGCGAUGAAGACGGCCUGUCUUCCUGGUCCAGGUGCUCCACGCCCAGCGCCUCCCCUCGCCGCAAGCGUUUCCUGUUGCGGAAGUGGCUGAAGGUUCGAGAGAAGAAGGAGCAAGUCAGUGAGAGCAGCAGCCAGCAGAGCAGCCAGCAGAGCAGCCACGAAGAUGACGGCUCUCGCUUCCUGACUCCGUUCAUCCAGGAGGAGAGGUCUGACAGUGCAGCGGACAAAUUCAGCACUGCCAGUAACUCGAACAAGAGCACGCCCGCCUGCUCGCCGGUCCUACGCAAACGCUCGCGCUCUCCCACGCCGCAGACCCAGGAGGGCGAGAACAUGGUGGAGAAGGGCUCCGACCACUCCUCUGACAAGUCCCCCUCCACGCCCGAGCAGGUCGUCCAGAGAACGUACUCGCUGCAGUCAGCGCGAAGCGGGGGAAAGAACUCAAAGUCUCACAAGCGACUUUCCAAAUAUGACAGACUAAACCUGAUUAAAAAGAGCCAAAGCUGGUACAACGUGCUGAGCCCGACGUACAAGCAGCGCAAUGAGGACUUUAGGAAACUCUUCAAGCAGCUCCCCGACACAGAGAGACUCAUUGUGGACUACUCCUGUGCUCUUCAACGGGACAUCCUCCUGCAGGGACGACUCUACCUCUCCGAGAACUGGAUCUGUUUCUAUAGCAACAUCUUCCGCUGGGAAACACUGCUGACAGUGCGGCUAAAGGACAUCUGCUCGAUGACGAAAGAGAAGACCGCCCGCCUCAUUCCCAACGCCAUCCAGGUCUGCACAGACACCGAGAAGCACUUUUUCACCUCGUUCGGAGCCCGGGACCGGACGUACAUGAUGAUGUUCAGACUGUGGCAGAACGCGCUGCUGGACAAGCCCCUGUGCCCCAAAGAACUGUGGCACUUUGUCCACCAGUGCUACGGCAACGAGCUCGGCCUGACCAGUGACGACGAGGACUAUGUUCCUCCUGACGACGACUUCAACACCAUGGGGUUCAGCGAAGAGAUUCCCAUCGAAGAGAACGAGAUCAACAACGACAACUUGUCCAAGAGCAGCACGGAGGCCAAGCCCGAGGGCAGCCCUCCUCCGCUGCACAAGAAGAUCGUCGCGAACAGCGCCGUCCCCGGCCCGGGCAACCACGACACGCCCAUCACAUUCGAGCUGCCAGCGGAGGAGUACGCAGACUGCCUACCGGACGGAGAGCUGCUGGCCUUGCCCCUGUUGUUGGAAGAGAAGAGCGACGAUCCCAGCAGGCCUGGCGGUCCCGCGCCCUCACCCUCACUGGACUUCAACGACAACGAGGACCUCCCCACUGAGCUCAGCGACUCCUCGGAAACGCACGACGAGGGUGAAGUGCAGGCGUUCCACGAGGAUCUGAACGGCAGGCAGUACAUCAACGAGGUCUACAAGUUCAGCGUGGACAAGCUCUACGACAUCCUCUUCACCGAGUCGCAGUUCAUGAGCGACUUCAUGGAACAGCGGCGGUUUUCAGACGUGGUCUACCACCCGUGGAAGAAGGAGGAGGCUGGGAACCAGAUGAGAGAGAUCAUGUACACCAUCUCUCUGUCCAACCCCCUGGCCCCCAAAACAGCCACAGUCACUGAGAGACAGACUCUGUUCCAAGCCAGUCAGGAGAGCGAGUGUUACAUCAUCGACGCCGAGGUCAUCACACACGACAUCCCCUACCACGACUACUUCUACACUCAGAACCGCUACAUGCUCACCAGGGUGGCCAAGAACAAGUGUCGGUUACGGGUGUCGACAGAGCUGCGCUACAGGAAACAGCCGUGGGGUUUGGUGAAAGGCUUCAUCGAGAGAAACUUCUGGAGCGGGAUAGACGACAACUUCCGCCGUCUCGAGCUGGAGCUGUCCAAGAUGGAGGAGAUCCUGACCGAGGCCCACCAGCUGUCCCCGAAGGCCAAGGCGGCAGUGAAGAACUCCACGGUGCGGCGGAAGAAGCGGCCGCUCCCGCACAUGCGCAGCCAGCACCUGGACGAGGCGCUCAGCCCCGUCACCACGCCGACGGACGAGGAGGUGAUCCAGAGGAUCAAACACGUGGCCGGAUCCACGCAGACCAGACACCUGAGUCCCGAGCACCACCACCACCACCUGCCCGCGGGCCUCGCGCUCUACAGCGUCUCCAAACUGCUGCUCAUCAUCAGCUUUGUCUUGGUGCUGCUGGUGUUCCUCAACAUGAUGCUCUUCUACAAGCUGUGGAUGCUCGAGUACUCGGCACAGUCCUUGACCACCUGGCAAGGUCUGCGGCUACAUGAGAGUAAGCUGCCUCAGACGCAGAUGGAGUGGGCCCAGCUGCUGGAGGCACAGCAGCGUUACCAUGACACCGAGCUGCAGAAGUGGAGGGAAAUUAUCAAGUCGUCGGUGGUGCUACUAGACCAGAUGAAAGACUCUUUGUUGAACCUCCAGCGAGGCAUCGGUUUGAGCGACUACAGCUCCGAGGCCGAGGAGAAGCAAAGCCGCUACCACUAACGCGCCGCCACUAAAGGCCACGAGGGCGUGCUGUGCAAUACAGGACCUGUUUUUGUUUUGUGAACCAGUUUGCAGGCAGUAAGCAGUAAGACAGAGCGAGAACACUGAGCUGGUCCGACGGCGACAAAGAGAGGAACGGAGGGUAACCAACGCACAGAGGCUAAACCCCACCCACCCAACCCAUCCCACCCCCAGGACUAUCACACACACAGGAGCAUGAGGUGUCCCCAACAUCGCUGAGGCUUCGUGGGAAGCUGCGACUCGUGGAAUAACCGGUUUUCCUUCUACUCUCUCUAUGUCAGAGUGCACCCCUACUGUAAGCCAUGUGGACCAGGAGGGCGGUAGAGAGCGAGAGGGAAAACCACUGCAUGCAUUUAGACAACCUAGCUCCCCUCAGUCAGUGUAAAUGUGGUCCAGUUCCAGUCUUAUGUGUGUCAAAAAACAAAAAAAAGACGAACAGAGGACGGUGAGAGACGGAGUGAAAGAGAAAGGUGUGUUGGGGGGUUGGGGGGGUCCUUUCGAGUCUUAAUGUCUUUCUACACUCUCUCGACUGUUCCAAACCAAUCGUCCCCGAGAGGUCCUCGCUGCAGCGUCCCUUCACUGAAAACCUCCAGGCAAACCCAGAGUGCAGUGACGGCCCACAACCAAAAAGAAAAUGGGAGUAUUGUAGCUGGACGCUUCUUGUCCGGUUGGGGCUGGUUCCCUGUCCGUCGGGACGUCGCGUUGAAACAUUUAAAAGUAGAAUCUAUUGCGCUUGAAGAAGAACUAAACCCAGUGUUUUUAAAUUUCAUACACACAUGAUCAGUUGCCCCCUGCCACAGUGUUCGAUUCCCUCACACUGCGUCGUUCCUCAUCUUUCUUUUAAAGUCGAAUGUAUUAGCCUGGGUGAAAAAAAGGCCAGACUCUGAUAACACUGUUACUCCUUUUUGAAAAAAAGGGAUGCUGCAGCCAGACCAGUAGGGAGCUGUGUUCUUACUUGUUUUAUUACUAAACUGUGACUAUAUCUUCUUUAAAAAAAAAAUGUUUGAAAUUAGAAAGAAUUCUAUGAAUAUAUUUGAAAUAUAUAAGAAUAUUUCAUUAUUUAAUAUAUAUAUAUUUCAAAAUAUAUAUGAACAUUACCUAUAUUUAUUGUUAAUUUAAUGUACAUAAAGAAAUUAUCAAAUCUCUAGACCAGUUAAAGAAUUUCUAACAAAAAAGUGUUUUUCUUCUAUAAAAAAAAUGCAUGCCAGAUAUGUCUGUGACAUGUCCAGUGUGCAAGUAUGAUUCUGCAUUUGUGCGAUUAUAUUCGCGCAUGCGUGUGUGUGUGUGUGUGUGUGACUGAGAGUGUGUGUGUGUGUGUGUGUGUGUGUGUGUGUGUGUGUGUGUGUGUGACUGAGAGUGUGUGUGUGUGUGUGCACACGUGUGUGCUGUAAAGUGUGACAUUUUUACCAUACGACACUUGUAUGUUUCUUAAUUUUUCUUCUUUCUUUUUUUUCUGGCUCUUGCAGCCAGACUGCCUUUUUUGUUUUGUUUAUGCUAAUGCAUUUGGAUGCUGCCUUGCAUUAGCCCCGCCAGGAUACAGUUUACAACUGAAGUGUUUUGUUCCAAAAUGAAGUAUCCGAUAUCGGAAGGAUAAUAGAAAAUUCAUGUGAUUUGUGUCACUUUUUGACACAUUAGCUUAAAUCCGUUUGGUUUAACAAAAAAGGGAGAAGACGACGCAAGUUUUUACGAUUGAAUUAACCUGAACUUGAGGUUUGUGAAUGGAUAUAUAACAUUUUGGAGAUGAACCCUUCAAGUCUUUGUCCUUGUCAGCACUAAGUGGCUCGACAACUCCUUCCUAAAAAAAAUGAAAAAUGAAUAGAUUGAUAUUUUGAGACAUACAUUUGUUUGCUUUUGUGCCAAGAGUUUGAGGAGCAGAUUGAUGCCACUCCUACGCUACAUUUGAAGCUUUGGCCAGCGGCUAGUUAGCUAGCUAUGUUAGGGCGCUGUUUCCUCCUGUAUGCCGUUUUUAAGACAACCAUCUCCCGGCUCUACUGAUGAGCAACCAUAUUAGCUUAGCUUAGCACAAAAUACUGGGGGUAAUUGCUUACAUAGCAAGUUGGUUUCUCGUGUUUCCAGUCUGUAUGCUAGCCAACUGGCUGUUUCUCCCUGUUUCUUUGUGCUAAACUAAGCUAAAUGUCAUAGUUUAGCUUCAUAUUUAGCAUAUGGGAGUGGACUCUAAACUCUCAGCAACAUGAAGCUACAUGCAGGAGCUAGUUAGCUAGCUAGCUUAAUAAUCAGUUUCCUCCUGUAUCCAGUCUUUAAGCCAACCGUCUCCCAUCUCUACUGAUGAGCAGCCAAAUUCGCUUAGCUUAGCACAAAAUACUUGGGGGUUUUGCUGACAUAGCAAGUUGGUUUCUCGUGUUUCCAGUCUGUAUGCUAGCCAGCUAGCUGUUUCUCCCUGUUUCUUUGUGCUAAACUAAGCUAAAUCGCGUAGUAAGCUAGUAAGCUACUAAGCUAAAUAGCUUAGUUUAGCUUCAUAUUUUGCAUACAAAUAUGGGAGUGGACUCAAAUCUCUGCAUUCCAUUAUACCGCAGAACUUAGAAUUCGGGGUUAUCGUUACAUCAUAAUAUCGGAAUUGCUGACCUCCGAGUCUGAUGUUGCAACUGGACUCGGAAGGUCGGAGUUCAAAAGUAAAAUGGAAUGCAGCACAACUUAGCUUAGCACGAAUACUUGGGGGAAUUGCUUACAUAGCAAGUUGGUUUCUCAUGUUUCCAGUCUGUAUGCUAGCUAGCUAGCUGUUUCUUUGUGCUAGAUUAGCUUCAUAUUUAGCAUACGAAUAUGGGAGUGGUGUCAAAACUCUCAGCAAGAAAGCAAAUCAUUUCCAAAAAUGUCAAACUAUUUUUUUUUAAACACCUCAUUCAACCCAAAUUAUACUCUCCCUUUCCCCAAAGUGUCUGUCUUGGAUGCAACGAAAGCAUGAGAAUUAAGUUAAUGCAACUAAAUUGAACCAAAAGCGAGAAGUAGAAAUGUACCUUCACGAAUAUUCACGCUGUUUUGAAUAAAGUAUUUAUCCUGUAUGUCAUGUAUUGUAUACCGGAUUAGGUGUGGGUGAAGAGCAUCUCUUAGGAGUUCGUCAGCAAAGGCCCCCUUACAGCUGACGGACUUUAGCAGGUGGCAGCACUUCCAAAUUAAGAAAAACUUCCUUGUGUUAAAAAGAAGAAGAAGAAGAGAAAGUGAAGCACUUUAAGACCUUUUCAGGUAAAAGAAGAAUACAGACGAAUGACAGUGGUGUAGUUUGGAGGUGAAUGCAGGGCUUUAAAUGAGAAAUUCCCAAAACACAUUCUGUGAACCAAGAAACUCUGAAAUUAGGUCUGCCACACUUUCUAAUCUAUUUCAGGGCGAAGGAAGAAUGAGUGACUUGUAUAAGGGAAACAUGUAUUUUUACUGUGUGCCUGCGUGGCGUGUUACUGACUGACCGGCAGAAAAACGUUUAAGGAUUGGACCCCUGCUGAUUUUGUGUUUUUUUUUUUUACAUUUGAAGAGGGCAGAGCAACGACAACACGUGGAAACCUUACGAGACCUGAAUGUGAGGGGUAGGAAGUGUUUUCUGUUUUAUAGAAAUCGCUUUCACAAUCCUGAUGACACUGAAAGAUUAUAGUGAAGUUAUGCUUCAUGGUUAUCUGAUGGUACGGAAAUGUAUAUAUGAAGAUGUUUAUGAAAUGCUUUAAAGUUUGUUUGGGUUUUUUUCUUUUCUUUUUUUAAUUGUGAGGAAAAUUAAAUGUUUUUUGAUUUCUUUUUCUUUUUUUUGGUCCAAAAAACUUUCUGUUUCAUAGGAGACAUUUAUUUUUUAAAUGUUGGAUUUAUUUCCCAGCUUUUGUUUGAUACUCAUUGGGGAACUGUAUUGUCUUUCACUGUCGAAGGCUGAGUGCAACGGUUCAUAUAGUGACAGAUACGUUUUAAGACUGAACUGCUGUAAAACGCACAUCAUCCUCACCCAAAAUUAAAUAUGCACUCCAAUCAACUCUCACAGCACCUGGAUUUAAUUUUAAUCAUUGUGUCAAUCAAUUGUGUAAUUGAAGAUUUUGUUUGUACUCUUUUUUUCUUCUUUUGCCUUCAUCAUCCGCGCCACUGUUACCAGCAAAUUCAGCUUAAAGGGGCAGUAAGAUAUUUUAAUCAGCGAACAUUUCCUCAAGGUCCGCUAGCCGUCCGUCCUAUGUGCGCUAAAAAUAAAUCAGUUUUUUUUCCGGCGCAGCCCUGGCUCUGUUAAUUGACAACAACAAAAAUGGUGCGGACCGCACCACACAACACUGUGUGCCGUUUGUAAACAUCACUCCCCGACACAUUAAGAGACGUGCUAGCGUCCAAAAUGGCUGACUGCCCCUUUAAAAAAAACAAAAUACUUUCUUAGUCUUUCCUUUCUCAUAUACACUCGCACGCUUCUCUGACUGUGCGAUUGCCAUCACGGCUGUGGAACCGAGGUGAGCCAAGAGUUCUGGAUGCCACUAUUUUGUCCCUGACAACAACCAAUGAAUUUGUUUGCAUCAUAUACUGUAUUGAUUGGCACUUGCCCCCUUGCCAGCCACCGCAGAGCCGGCAGGAGAACGGUGCCACUCCGUACAGCAGCCUUGGUUUAACACGGAGUAGAAAAACACAUACAACCUCCUGAACACGACCGCUGAUCAAACUCGUAGCAAAGUGCUCUCCUUCGGGUGUGUCGUGAUAGAGAGACGUGCUGGCGUAGUUCUGUCCAAUAAGAAUUCUACUGUAUGUUCUUUUUUUUUUUCUUUUUAGAAAAUGUUAUGAUCUCUGGGGAGACUUUUAGUGAACUUUAUACAUGAGGUUAAUAUACUGUAAGUAUAUGUUAUGUACAGUAUAUCUGCAGUGUGCACACACACACACACA